UGUCUUCUAUGAAAGAUUGGGCAGUGGAAAAACUGAGUGUUUUCCUCGGCUUUGACCCAGAAACCUUGGAAGAACAAGUAUACCCAUAUUUAAUGAGCUUGAAUACUUCCAAUGAAUUAGUCGAGCAUUUGACCAAUCUUCUUGGUACCGACGAAAGCACCAUGCAAUUCAUACAGGAAUUUUCCACUCGACGGUUCCCACCAACGCAACCUGCGCUUGCAAACCCGCGCGCACCACAGGCUGUCAGCAGCAGCAAACCAACUUCACGAACUUCUUCAGCAGACAACAGUCGAUCGGCUUCUCCUCAGUCCCAAGCGCGAAGUUCAACCGAGGUCCAUGAACCGUCUUUCGGCCAGUCAUUUUCAAACGAGCAGAACGUUUACCGGAAGAAGGAUGUCGAAGAUAAUUACUUUGUAGGCACUCGAAAAGCUAAAAAGGAAGUCAAGCCGAAUGCAGAGGCUCGUAUAGAUCAACAACCAUCUGUAACAUCGUCAGAGACUGCCCAUUCGUCAACUACGAAAGCGACCGGAAACGGCAAAUCUAUGUUGAUCUCUGACAAACUAGCUCCCAAAAAGAAGAAAGGUUCUGAGAUCAUGAAUUUAGAGGAUGCUCUUAAGGAGCUCAACAUAAUGACAAAUGUUUCUGAUAACAAGAAGCGGCAAGCAUGCAAUUGCCAAGCUACCAAACAUGAGCUUUUGUCAAUUAGUCCUAAUUGUCUGACGUGUGGUAAAAUAAUAUGUGUCAAAGAAGGCCCGGGUCCCUGUACAUUCUGCGGAACGCCGGUGCUAUCCAAAGAGCAGCAACUAGAGCUCAUCGCUGAGGCGAAACGAAAGAGAGCGGAGGCAGCACGAGAAAAGAACCGGCAGUUAAAUAAGAAGUCAACCGCGCCUUCCAAAUCACAGGGAAUGGCGCGAUAUGCAUCCAAACUUGGUGGAUCCAUCAUUAGCGAUAGCAGCGACGAUUGGUUGGGCCCUGCCGAAUGGGAGGAACAACAACGUAAGGCAGAGGAGUCCAGAUUGGCGGCUGAAAUGCAUAAAGAGAAAUUGCUAGACUUCCAAAGGACAAGUGCGAAGCGAACAACGGUCAUUGACCAGGCAACGGAUUACGAACUCCCAUCCGAUGGUGGUAAUAUAUGGCUGUCACCUCAGGAACGAGCCAUGCAAGUCAAGAAGCAGCAAUCGAAUUUGAAGCGAUUAGAUAACACGGGAAAGCGAAAGGUCAUGACCAUUGACCUAGCUACGCGUAAUGUGAUCAUGGAGGAAGCUCCCGAACCGGAUGAGAGCGAAGAUGAAUAUGAAGGGAUCAAGAUGACACCAGCGCAAAGGACGUAUUUGGAAAGACAGAAGGAAGCCAAGUCCAUACGACGACCCACAGCAGCAUCACCUACACAGGCUUCUUCAGGAACAUUUGCCAACAACCCCUUCUUGAACCGAACGGAUGCUCCAACCUUCAUACGAGGCGUCAUUCCUGCCAAAACAGACAAGAAGAAGUCCACAGUUUCGGAAAAAGGAGAAUCAUCCAAACCCAAGCCAAAGCAAACCGUGCCGUCGCGGGUACAAGAUGAUAGCAAUUCACAUGGCGCUGAACACUUGCUUAUUGGCGGUGAAGAUGGUAGUCGAGAUAUAGUGAUUGAACCUAUUCGAGGGUAGAUAGCAUCCUAAAUUUAAACUCUAGACCACUGGCUGGUGUCACUAAAGAAGGUUCCGUGGGCAUACAAGGAAAAUUUACAGUUUCUAAUUUCCCGUAAUUGACGUUUGAAUUAAACGAAUUUGGGCAUUUCAUUUUGUGCCCAAGUAUUUGCACAUUGU